CUCCUUCCUCGAGUUUCCUGUGUGAAGGACGAUGCAACUUUGGUGUGUCCCGAAUAAUAACUUAUGAAAGAUGUUUAAGUCAUCUACUUCGCGUGUUUCGCUAGGAUUUCGGGUUGUUCACAAUGGAAAGUCAAGUAGACCACACAGACAGUUAACAACACCUGCAGAAGGAGCAGCUAAACCAUCGGCUACACCAACCAACCCUCUUCCUCCUCCUCCACCACCUACACCUAAAAAGGGUGGAGUAUUUUUUAAACUAUUUGGUUUAACAACAGUUGGUGUGGGAGGAGUGAUAGGCUAUGCUUGGUAUGAUACAGAAUUUAAGAAGCUAAUAGAAGACAAUGUACCAUAUAGUAAAGAUGCGUUUGAUGUCAUAUUUCCAUAUUUUCCAGAUAUUCAAUCAUUUAAAACUGUAGAACCCCCUGUACCUAGUAAAAAAUUAGAACCUAUUGCUAAUGAUGUUCCCAAGAAAAAAGUUGAGACCCCCCAGGUUGAGAAGACAGCACAACCGUCUAAACCUUCACCAUCUCCGAAACCCACAAAAGAACAAACAAAAGAAAAAGAAAUAAAUGAUAAAGCAAAACAAAAAGAAGCUGUUGCUAGAAAACUGAAAGAAAAGGAAGCUAAUGAAGCUGCAGAAAAUGCGGCUUUAGAAGUGAUCAUUGAGAAUCUCAUAGAGAAUAAUACCAAGUUUAUCAAGUCAGCCGUUGAAGCCCAGCAAAAAGUAGUAGAUUUUACCAAAGCUCAUACACAAGCUUUAAGAAAAGCUAUGGAUGAUACUAGUCAGAUAUUAGAUAAAGAUAAACAAUGGGAAGCAGUAGCAGAUGCAUUUUCUAUUAGAGAAAGUACUGUGCAGGAGGCAAAUAGGCUUUCAGAUAUGGCCAAGGAGAAUUUAGAGAAAUUAAAGAAAACAAUAGAUGAUGGUAAAAAAGAUGCAAUUUUGAAGAAAAAUAAAGUUUUAAAAACUGCCCAGCAAAAACUGAAUGAAUUUAAUAAUGAUAUUAAUACUGUAUUGACACAGGUUAGAAAAGAAGAAUCAGAAGCUAGAGUUAUGACUAAAUAUAAAGAUUUAGUUGAUAAAGGAAGACAACAAUUUAAGAAAGAAUUGGAAAGUAUCAUGCCAGAUGUUAAAAUAGGGGAUAAAAAAGGUAAAAAGUUGUCUGAAGAUGAACUGAAUUCUUUAAUAGCACAUGCACAUCGUCGUAUAGAUCAACUACAGAAACAAUUGGCUGAACAAUUAGCUCACGAAUCACAAAGAAUAGAUAAAGCUUUAGAGAUCCAGCGUGUAGAAGAUGAGAAAAUAGCACAAACUAGAGUUGGAUUAGAAAGACAGAGACUUAGAGAUCAAUUCUCUUUAGAAAAAGAUAAAUGGGAAGAAGAUGCUCGAGUUGAGUUUGAACAAGAGUUACGUCAACAUCUAUCUAGACAGGCUGCGGCACACAGUGAUCAUCUUAAAGAUGUAUUAAAAAUACAAGAAGGAGAAAUAGCGCAACAAUAUGAAAGAGUGAUGCAUACAAGAUUAAUAGAAGAAAGGCAAACCUUCCAAUCAGAAGUAGCUGGAUGGAUAGCUAGAUUAAAAGGCAUAGAAACUGCAGUAGAUGCACGUGCUGAGAACGAAAAGACAGCUAGAAUCGCCCAAGAGUUAUGGUUGGCUUGUAUAGCUAUGAAUGGAGUUAUUAGACUGGGUAAAGAGGGCGGUUUAUCAGGAGAAGAAAAAUUACAACCAUUAUCUAAGGAAGCUGUAGCAAUAUCUGAGGCAGCCGGGAAACAUCCAUUUGUACAAACUGUUCUGCAAUCUGUACCGGAAGAGGCAUUAAUGCGAGGAGUGUGGACAGAAGAUAGUCUAAAGGAGCGCUUCCCCAAAGUUAAACGCAUUUGUAAAAGAGUGGCUAUGAUUGAUGAAAAUGGUGGCACCUUAUUUAGAUAUUUUCUUUCUUAUUUCCAAUCUUUCUUUAUUUUUAAUUCAGUUUAUGCUAAAUCUGAUAGUGACUCUAUAGAAAUUAGCGAGUUGGACACUUUUAAUAUAUUAGCCCAUGCUGAUUACUUUUUAGAGAAAGGAGACUUACUACAAGCUGUCCGAUUUAUGAAUCAACUCCAAGGUGAACCUAGACGUGUCGCUUCUGAUUGGUUGAAGGAGGCAAAGCUAUUAUUGGAAACAAGACAAGCUGCGUAUGCUUUAACAGCCUUUGCGUCUGCAAGUGGUUUAGGGACAAUAUUUUAAGAAAUUUAUAUUCUAGAGAAAAAAAUCCAGCCGUUGUGAUAUCUGGACCAAAUGAAUUAAGGAUGCCUUAUAGGUGUGUUGAUAACACAGUAAUAAUAGUGCUAUGUAAGUAAUGAAUUAUGUACAUGUAGCUAUUGAUGAGUGUACAUAGGGCUCCAUAUAUAAUAUAUAUAAUAGAUGUCCAUAAUGUAAUCAGGUUGAAAUUUUUAAUUAUGUUCUGGAAAGCAUAAAAAUUGUAUUUAUUAUCCAGAUUAAAUGUCUUCAUUA